UGCUUCUCCCUUACCCAACGAGGUCAAAAUGGCGGCUUGCUGCAUGUGAAGGGGACCGGACGGGAGCCGGCUGAAUGAUCGGAGAACAUGUAUAAAACGCCGUGUAGCCGGCUGUCAGGUUUGAUCGGGGCUAGUGUGAAACAGAAAUUGGCUCAACAUCUCCCUCGAUGUGAUCAGACGGCCCGGGGCCUUAUCCAGCUGCACAGGAGAGAUCCAUCAAAGUGGUUGACCUAUCAGCAGCUCAGCUUCCUUAAACGCCAGUAUGUAGCAAAGAACAACAGUGAGCUUCUUCAACGUGCCACCCCAAAGCGGGCACCGGUCCUGACCAUUGUGGAUGAGAGAGAUGACAGCAUUGAGAGGCAGGUGGAGAGAAUACCAACCAUUGCUCCUGUGGUGUCAGGCCCUGUGCCACAGGUAGAGGAUGUCACCAGUCAGACGCAGCCUGAAGCAAACCCAGCUGCAGCAGAUGUGGCUGCGCAGAAAGAUUCGGUGUCCGGCACAGCUGGGAUUUCAGAUGAGACUCCACAUAUCCAGGUGGAGACGGAGGAGGCGAGGGAGGCUCGUCUGGACAGACAGUGGAAGCAGGUGAAGGUGGAUAUGGCCGACUUACCGGAUAUCUACGCCAAACUGGCCAAAAUCAGACUCACAGGCUUGGUGGUUACAACUGCAGCAGCUGGCUAUGCGAUGGCUCCGGUGCCGUUUGACCCAUUCAUCUUCUUCGUGGCCUGUUUGGGAACAGGCUUGGCCUCUUGCACUGCCAACUCCAUCAACCAGUACUUCGAGGUGCCGUUUGACUCCAACAUGAACCGCACGAAGAACCGCCCACUCGUCCGAGGACAGAUCAGUCCCCUCCACGCCGUGUCCUUUGCUCUCGCCUGUGGGAUCCCCGGAGUCGCUCUGCUCACGCUGGUGGUGAACCCGCUAACAGGCUUCCUGGGCGCCCUCAACAUCUUCCUCUACACCUGCUGCUACACUCCUCUCAAGAGGCUCAGCAUCGUCAACACCUGGGUGGGAGCGGUGGUGGGCGCCAUUCCUCCUGUCAUGGGCUGGACGGCUGCCACGGGUUGUCUCAGUCCAGGUGCUUUGUUGCUGGGUGGCUUCCUGUACAGCUGGCAGUUCCCCCACUUCAACGCCCUCAGCUGGAACUUGAGGGAGGACUACUCCCGCGGCGGCUACCGCAUGAUGUCCGUCACCCACCCCGGCAUGUGCAAGCGGGUGGCCCUGCGCCACAGCCUGGCUCUGGUGGGCCUGUCCACCUUAGCCCCCGUGCUGGACCUCACCACCUGGACCUUCCCGCUCAUCUCCCUGCCCAUCAACCUGUUCAUCAGCUACCUGGCCUUCCGCUUCUACCGCGAGGGCGACCGCAGCAGCGCCCGCAAGUUGUUCUUCUGCAGCCUGUGGCACCUGCCCAUGCUGCUGCUGCUGGCGUUCACCAGUAAGAAGCCUCGCAGGGAGCCGGAGGAGGCGGCGGCGGCUCUACCCGUCGCUCUGCAGAGCUAA